UAUGUAUAUAUCGUUCUUUGUGAAGCAAACAAAGGAAGGAAAAAAAAAGAAAUCUGAAGGAAAAGACAAAGAAGACGAAGCUCGCUGCGUCGAUAACAUAGUUGUUAAAGAUACAAUUAAAUAAUAUUACUAUCUAUUUAUAAUCACGUGUUCGUGCACACACUCACGGACUUAUUCAUACGAUCGGUCAUCUACACUACAAAUACAUGUAUACGUCGUUACAAAGGCAGACUUAAGAAAUCAAAGUGAUGCAUGCAUAUGUACGUAAUAAAACGAACGCGAUUUGUCUAUCAAUCUCGUGUAGUACGCGUAGUAAUUUAAAGAAGGAUUCGUUGUUCUGUUUCUCUCUUUCUCUCUCUCUCUCUCUUUUUCUGUAAUCGGAUUGUUUGAUAACCUUCAAAAAUUAUAAACAAGUAAACGUCGAAAAUAUAAGAAUAAUACGUUUGGUACUGAAGGUCAAAUGAUGGGAAGGUCUUAUUAAAUUAGACUACGGCUAUGAGCGUAUCAUCGUUAUCGUUUAAAAACAAAAGCGUCGUAUAUUAAUCGAACAUCGGAAGUCACGAUUGAUUGUGCAACGAUGAACUUUCCUUGGGAACAAAAAGUGGUGGAAAAAAAAAAAAGAAUUAAUGAAAAUGAAAUGAAAAGUUACGCUAUUAUAUAAGUACCAUCGUAAUCUGUUUUGAUUUCAGUAUAUCGGACGAUUCUAUUUAAUAUUUAUUCGUACAAGUUUACACGCAACGUUAUCGAUCGUCAAGAGUGGAUCGCGUAUUAUAUUUCGAUCUUUUCCUCGACGAGUACGGACAUACGUGUAGUUAGUUUAUAGAAUUAUACACAUAGUGUUUUUGUUUUUUGUUUAUACACAACGCGUAGUAUCACCGUACGUGAUUUCGUGUAAACUUUAAAAACGUGGAGAAAAAAAUCUUUUCAAUAUCAUCGCCAUAUAGCUCAUAGAAAUAUUGAAAAUAUCGCUCGAUUCGAAGAUAUUACAUCGUGUAUUAUUUUAACGAAUUAUUCGCGAAGCGUAAAAAUUGUAAUAUAAGAUAACUAACCUAUCAAGGGAGAUCUUUCAGAAAUUUGAAAUUCCGUCGUAACUUUUCUUAUCUCUUUCCUUUGCUGCACUCGAACGUAAUUCUUCUCACGUUUCAUCCAUAUGUCCAUUCUCGUAUUCGACAACAACUUUCUUUGUUCUUUGAAAGUGAAAAACUUAAUUAAUACUACAACAACGAGAGGGAGGGGAGGCGAGAGAGACACGUCACACAAUUUUCCAUAUUACUCGACGCUUCUGUUCUCGCGCGCUUUCUCAAGUUAUCGACCAAUAGGAGACAUCGUAGUGAGAGGCGCGAAAUCAGUCGAAGACGAAUCGUGUACUUUACCGAACGUUAAGUGAAGUGGGAGAAAGUUUACUCAUCGCGCGUAGAAUCGAAUUGUCAUAAACGCAGCUGAGUUACUUGUAAAAUACUAGUUCCACGUACGAAAGAAGAAAACCGGGGAGAAAUUUAUGCUCGCUGCGUCCCUGGCGAACGACGACGUUACCAGAGUGAUUGCUGAGUCACAUAUCGUCGACGAUCUCUCCGAGACAAGGUGUACUCUUGCGUCUCUCCGUAAAAAGUAAUUUUAUUGUUGCGUGUCCGUUACAACGUCUGGUCAUUAGAGUAUCGUGUCGUGGAUAAUAACAAAAUGGUUUAAUUGUGCGAAAUAUUUAUCGAUGAUUCGUCGAUCUCAAGGUUAAAGAAGGUCUAAAAAGAAGAGAGAAACAUUCUCGAAACCCCAAUAUAGUAGUCGAUGACCUGUCAUCCUACCUGUAUCUCAACGUAUUUUUAUUAUCUUUAACUCUCCUUUACUCGUACCGUUCACUCACUCGUAUGUAUAUAUAUAUAUAUAGUUAUCCUUCUUUUUUUCAUUGCCUACCGUUCCGUAGUAAAAAAAGAUACACAAGGGCAAACUGUCAAGCAUCGAAAAUCCUUGAAUUUUCGUGGAUGAGAGUAAAGGCGCGCGUGGGAUGUGCGCGAACCGUGCGAAAGUUUGACGGGAGAGAGUGCGUGUUUUGAGGUUAUUUCUGUAUUGGCCGCCAGUGUAACUGACCUACUACACCCAUCGAAGGCUAACUCCGAACCUUUAUUUUGCUUCUGACAGUCGUCUCGACAAGACGAUCUUCUAACAAUCAUCUUCGAAGAUCAAGUGGCGAGAUCGGUCUUGGCGCUUUUCGCUCGAGUGAACACCAACGUCGUCCACGGUACUACUUAACCUCAAAGUGAUACUUAAACAACGAGUUUCGAGGAUAGAAAUCGAGUGACAAGCAUUAAAUAUACAUCGUACAUCUCUACUAACUUUGUCGAUUACGCGAUAUCGACACUUUGUUAAGGAUAGUAAGGACGCUUUACGCGCCAUUGAUACAUGAUCAACAUGCCAAAAUUGUGGCAGCUAUCUGAAAGCAAAAAGAAGCAACUGUGACGACACGUGAACGAAUACAAAACUUUCUAUAGUUGAAACAUUUGUAGUGAAAGGUUUGGAACUAGGUGUACAAGAUGUUGUGUCUUAAGAAAUUGUAUCGAGAGGAGCUGUUGCAGCUGGCGUUGCUGCUCUCUCUGUUAAGAGUAGAUCCAGAGUCCUACUUUGGUUUGGAUAUCCAAGCUAUGGGUGUAGGCUCUUUGGAUCUUCAUAAUGGAUCUGGAUGGCACACAGACGCUCAUACCAUUGUACAUCGUCCGAUGUUUGUACAUCCUAAAAAUUUGGACUCGAUGCUCUUAAACUAUGAAAGAGAUCUCUUUGAAGAAUUAAACUCUUUGGGAAGGUACAAUAGAUUGAAUUCAGGUUCCAACGAUAUCCAUGCAUACUUACUGAAUAUAGAGGAUACCGGUAGAAAUGCGGCUGUGGCUGGAUCUAGUUUACCAGUUUCUACUGAAACAGCAAGAAAUAUGACAUCUCCGGAUUCUCCUAGUUCUUCUCAACAACCAGCAGAACCCAUUGGUGCGGCAGAACUUACUCAAGAGGACAUGGAUCUGAUCGAAGUACUUUGGAAACAGGAUGUGGAUUUAGGUUUUACAUUGGUUGAGCCAACGAGUACCAGUUGUAAGAAAAAAGUCGCUUCUACGUCCGAUAAAGAAUCCGAGGAUGAGAUCGAAAAGCUCAAAGCUCUGGAAGCCAUCAAUGCCACCAAUCAAAAGGAGGACGCCGAAGAGGCUGAGGUAAAGCAACAGCAGGAGGACAAUCCUUGGGCAGGACGUGAUUACACCGUGGAUCUCGAAACUGGGGAAUAUAUUCUCAGUUCCUGCAGUCAGAACGGAAAUAGCGACGCUGAGGACGACGAUCAUCUACUCAGAGAAGAGUCUUUUGGCUUGGAUCAUCAUCCCUUGGCUGGCUUAUCCGAUGAUUCUUUAGGUCUUAGCGAAACCUUGGGACUUGAAGAUGAUUUCACGUCGGAGUUACUCAGUGAUAGUCUUUUAGGAAGCGCCGUCGUAGAGGAUCUUCUCGGUGACAACGAUCUCGGCCUACCCGACGGAUUCAAUCUCGAAGAGGCGCUUCAACUCGUUGGCCUCGAUGAGGCUCAGCCAGAAGACGAGGAAACGAAGUCCGAAAUAAAGAAGGAAAAGGUGGAAGAGGAGAUAAAGAAGGAAAAAGAGGAAGAGGAAGAAGGAGAGGAAGAAGAAGACGGAGCGAAGGAAUUUACGAGCGCGAAGGGUGACGUUGCUGUCAACGGCUCGAGUAACGUCGAGGUCGCGAAGUCAUCCAGGUGCGAGGAUCCCGAGACCGGCGACAUGAUUCACACACCGCAAUUUCAUCAUCCCCAUCAUCCGCACCACCGUUCGUUCCAGGGCCGCAUGCCGUUCGUGCGUGCAAUGAGCAUGGAGCAGCGGUGGCAGGAUUUGGCAUCGUUAUUAUCUCUUCCCGGUGCUCCGGAUCAUUUUGCGCAUCCAUCGCAUCCUGGAUACCCAGGACACGGUAUAAGUCAUAGCCACUACGAAGCACAACGUAAUGUCCUACUUCACAAUGCCACUUUGGCACCACCAGUUGGGGAUCUUAACUCGACGGGUCCUUACCACAAUGUAGGUGGCUCGUCGAAUCUUGGAUCAGCCGUUGCAACUUCGAUGAAUUUAACGAACAGUAGCGAACCAAUGGGUGCGGAAAGUGGUGCUGCUUACAAAUCUGAGCCUAGCGAUAUGAUGUAUUAUCAUGCACCAACGUCAGACUCGAUAAAUCAAACCACUGACGGUUUUCUUUCGUCUCUUCUCAAUGACGAGGAUUUGCAUCUGAUGGAUAUGGCUAUGAACGAUGGCAUGUACACCAUGCGCAUGCUGGACAAUGGUAGCAAUAACGCAUCUGGGCCAACCGGAGCGGCUGCAUUGCCAGGAGUCCAAACAGCCGGUGGUACCACGUCAACAACGACGGCCCUGACGAGCGUGACGAGUUUACCUGCUGUCACAGACGAGAGGAUGGAUGCCUCUAGCGACAGUGCCGUUAGUAGCAUGGGCAGUGAACGCGUGCCAUCCCUCUCGGAUGGGGAGUGGAUGGAAACUGGAUCUAAUUCCAGUCACACGCAAGCUGACUCACAUUACACCAUGGAUUAUGCUAGUAAGUACCGAAUGCCUUACGACUGCAGUUACUCCGUUUCCGGAAGAAACGCUGGUUCACCAAGAUGUCAACCGGAAAGGACCGUACCGCCGGUUGCACAGAAAAAACAUCAAAUGUUCGCCAAACGAUAUUUCCAAGAGCAAAGCACCGGAUCACCUUUAGGAGGAACGGCGCAUCCAACCACCCCUAUGAAAUACGAGUAUGACUCGCAUACAGUCGGUGCUGGUGCACCAGGCAACGCUUAUUCCGGUCCGAUAGAAGGUGCAGCCGGUCCACAGUCCGAAAUUAAAUAUAGUUGCAGUGUCGACUUUACUCGUCAUCAAUCUGGACGAUCAGCCAUCGAACACGUUCAUCAUAAUCAUACUUAUCACUUGCCCGCUGAAAGUUCAGCAUCUCUCCAGCGUCCUCUUUCUCGUGAUAAGAAAGUACGAAAGAACGAGAGCGAGGAACAUUUAACACGGGACGAGAAACGUGCGAGAGCGUUGAACGUGCCGAUCCCAGUGAACGACAUAAUUAAUUUACCUAUGGACGAAUUUAACGAACGUCUAAGCAAAUACGAUCUCAGCGAGGCACAAUUAUCUUUGAUACGUGAUAUCAGGAGGCGAGGCAAGAAUAAGGUGGCAGCACAGAAUUGUCGCAAACGUAAACUCGAUCAAAUUAUCAGUCUUGCCGACGAAGUGAAGGAGAUGCGCGAUCGUAAAAUGAGACUCAUUCGGGAGCAUGAUUUUAUGCUUCUUGAAAGGCAACGCGUUAAAGACAAGUUCAGUCAACUUUAUCGCCAUGUUUUCCAGUCUCUUCGAGACCCCGAUGGUAAUCAAUAUCAUCCAUACGAAUACAGUCUUCAGCAAUCUGCCGAUGGCAAUGUCUUGCUUGUACCAAGAAAUCAAACCAAUCCUCAUCAUCCAUGUCCUUCAUCAAUGGAACCGAAGACAAAACCAGAUCCUGAACACAAGGAAUGAAACUGUUAAAGGAUCGUAUUAUAAAAACGAUUGGUUAUUCAGGAAAUAUUGCUGUCGUUGUACAGCGAAUAGGUCCAUAAGGACUAUUACAACGUUAACGAUGAUGUUGACUACGAGCUUUGUGUUAAAGCCAGAGACAUAUAUUUGCGAUACAAUCCUUUUGUCGAAUGGACUUCAUGACUUCGCAUUUGACAUAUUUUGCACGCUAUUCGAUUGAACAACGAAUUUGCCAAAAAUCGCGUAUUAAACUUAUCGGAAGAGCUACGUAAUAUUAUAUAUAUAUAUAUAUAUGUGUCUGUAUAUAUAUAUAUAUAUAUAUAUAUAUAUAUGUACGUUUAUCGUGUACAUAUUUAUCAAAAUAUUGAGGAUUCUGGAUAAGGAAAGAAAAAGAAAUGAUCUACGAUUUAGGUCAUAUAAUGACCAAAAAUGAUGAUAAAAUUGCAGACGUAAUAUAUAUGUUAUUCACAUUGAAUGUAUCUUAUCAGUGAAACUUACGUCAAAUGUUAUAUGUAUAUGUAUUAUGUAUAUUCUUUUUUCAAAGAGCGAAGUUUCGAGCAUGAAAGUUCUAUAAUCGAAGACCGAUGUUUCUAAUGUAAUGUCUUCACCAGAUUUGGAGAACUUAUAUAAAACGGUAUGAAAUAAGAAUAUUUGUGUACCUUCUUUUGUUGCAGCGAUUUUACCAGUAUGGUUGUUUACGAAAGACGUUUACGUGUUCACUUCAACUACCUCCAUAACUUUGUAUGCUAAAUUAUCACCCUGGAUUUGCAUAUUGUUAAAACGAAUAAAACAGCACGAUGGUAAAGUGUCCUAAGAACAGAAAAAGUAAAAUGAACUUGCACAACGGACGACAGACUUAAUGAUGAUUACUUUUGGACUUGGUUCUUUUCGCAAAGUUUAAAAGUGCUCAACUUUACGCGUAAAUUAUAGACGAGAAUCGCCACGAUCAAAUCAGUGCGCAAUUGAUCUCUUAUUCCAGUACUCUUCUUCCUGCUUUAUGCUUAGGAUACAUACAUUAGUUAACUUUACCAAGUGCAAGUACGCACUGUUGUACUUCUUUCACAAUAAGUGAUUAUGCUGUUUUUUAAUUCCUUUGUCCUUAAAAACAAAGGUUUAUCACAUUUCGAUAUGAUUAUAUUUAUCUAUGAAUAUUAUACAUACAUAUAUAACGAUUUUGUCGAAAUGUGUGAUUAGUUAAUGCAAGCCAUCGAUUAUGACUGCAAUUUAAAAUGCAUGAAAAGGCCAAAAUCUAUGCGUUAUUCGCAUGAUUUAUCAAAUGUGCAUAAAUUGAGGAUAAAAAGUAAUUUUUUUCUUCCUCUUUCUCUUUUCCUUUUUUCUUUCUUUCUUCUUCUUUUUCUUUUCUUCUUUAAUCAAUAUAGAAAAUAAAUAUGCGAAUAAUACAUGGACUAUAAUACUAAAAUUCUUUUAAGUCAAGAUUAUGCUCCAUCUGAGGAUUUAAAGAAAUCAAAAUUCAGAGAUAAUGCUCUGAAAGAUGAUUCAAAUGCAAAGUUAUAUCUGCAUUUAAAUGGGAAUAAAGUAAGCAAAAUAUUGGGUGAUAAAAGGCAAAUGAUCGAGACAUUGCUCAAGUAUUGCAAAGUUAUACAAUCUGAUCUGUAAAAUGCAUUGAUUUUCACACAUAGUAAUGUCGCUUUGAGAAAUGUUUUAAAUUGUUUAGAUAAUAUGUGUGAUAUAAUCUAAAUACGAUAUAUAGGAAAUGAUACAAUUUUAUGAGUACAUCAAGGAUGAAUAUGCUGUACUGCUACAAUAUCGAGUAUUCAUUAAAAUACGAACAAACAAUAAAUACAGAUAUUUUUAUAAAAUAAGAGGUGAGAAAUGUUCGAGUAUUUCACAUUUGCCUUUUUAUGUAUAUAUUGAUGUAGUUAGUAUAAUUUUCUAUAAAUACUAUAAAUAUAAAUAAGACAUAUAUAUGUAUUUAUGUAUAUGCUUACUUGUAUAUAUAAAUACAUAUACAAGAAAAGUAAUAACUGGAUAUAUAUUGUAACAUUAAACAACAAAAAGAAAAUGCAGUUUAUGUCGAUAAUUAAUAAUAAUAAUUAUAAUAAUCAGUCCUUUAUUAACAUUUACAUGCACGAUUAUAUUCAUACUACUGGGUGUAGGAUGCCUUUUGCUGUACCGUACUUUGCAAGCAGAGAUUUUACCAUUGAAAUUCUUAUGUAAACUAUAUACACAAAUACUCUGCUUUGCUACUGUAUAAAUAAACCUGAUUUGUACGGAAUUGCAUAAAUACAUUCAAGAUCUCCAUCUGUCAUUAAAUUUCUAUAUUGUAUAAAUAAAUUGAAUAAAUCACUGGGGAAAGUA